ACUGGAUUAUCUACACCAGGAAAUCUUGGCCAUGGGUGGAAAGAAGAGGAUUCCCACCCCGGACCAGCUCCGCGACUACAACUACGCCGUUGCCGGACAUGCAGGCACCUUGUGCGACGCCGACGGCGAGCUCUUCAUCAAGCCGUGCACCCAGACCGAAAUCGACUUCUACCAAGCUGUCGAGACCCAAGGCUUCCGUGCCUUUGCCGACAUCAUGCCCAUCUACAUGGGCGAGUUGCGGCUGAGCAAUCCCGAGGAGGUGCCCCUCGAUGAUGCGCUCAUGGGUGUCAUCGCGGGCAACGGCGACUUCAAGACCUCCAAGGAGCAGAUCGCCGCGACAAUCGCAGAACAUGUCGCAAAGGCCACGCCCGAUACCGCCUCAGAUCAAACCACAUGGGUCCCUACUCAGGGCAAGAAAAUCAAGACGGACAAGUCAGUGGUGCUGGAAAACGCCUCGUUUGGCUACAAGAAGGCAAACAUUCUCGACGUCAAGCUCGGCGUCCGGCUGUGGGCCGACGAUGCCCCUGCCGAGAAGAAGAAGCGCUUUGACACAAUCACGUCGCAGACGACGCACGGAAAUCUGGGCUUCCGCAUAUCCGGCAUGCGAGUGUAUCAAGGCUCAGAGGAUGAGUCAACGUGGGACGAAGAAGGCUACCAGAUCUACGACAAGGAUUUUGGACGACUGACAGUCAACGAAGACAACGUCGUUGACGCUUUUCGGAAAUUCAUCUUCAACAAGGCUGCUGGCGUCGACCAAGAUUUGGGCAGAGCUGUGUGUUCCGCGUUUGUCCGAGAUUUGCAACGUGUCGAGCAGGUCUUGGCGAGUCACGAGACCCGCAUGUACUCGUCGUCUCUGCUCUUCAUCUUUGAGGGCGACGGCGAUGCCCUCGCCUCUGCUAUUGAAAAGAACAACGAAAUCAUAGAGCGUGAUUCUGCCGAGGCAUACACCUGCCCACCGGUCUCGCGCACAAACAUGAGGCUGGACAACCGAAUGGACAGCGGCAUCGUCUUGGAAGACGAAGACGACUACGAGGAUGUGGAUGAGGAUGAAGACGAGGAUGACCUCCAACUGCCGCAGAUCUACACUCUGAAACUCAUCGACUUUGCGCACGCAAACUUCACCCCUGGCCUGGGGCCCGACGAGAACAUCCUUACUGGAGUCCGGAGUCUUUUGCGGAUUUUCAAAGAGCUGGCUGGCGAAGAUGACUAGACUCAUGCACGAUGGCAUGGCUUUCUUUUAUUGGUCACUCACCCCGUAUUUGCACCUGUAUAUACAUGAUUGCACCCCAUGGGAUGGAUGAUGGGAGGGGCUGCCGGCGUUGUGGGAAUUUGAUGGCUUCCUCUUGCAAAGAAGAAAAAAACAAGGGUGGACAACAUUUAUACCUUUUGGAAGGAGAGUCUUUCCUGAUACCCCAGAGAAGUCUGAAUGACGAGGAGGGAAAAAAGCAAACAGACACAGAGAGACAAUACCCAAAACGAGGUGUUUGCGGUGUUACUUUGGAUGGAACAAAACGCGAAAGGUAGAGCACGGCUCCGCAUGGAGAUGGGAGGAGAUGUCCAUUUCUGCGUAUAAUGACGAUAUGACGGCCUGGGCGCAACGGAGGUUUUUUUUUUUGGUUUCUUUGAUCUUGUUUGUUUCUACGUUGAGUCUUUUCUCAGCUGGAGUUUUGGGGAUGUGGAGUGAAGAUGCGGGUUGCAUGCAUGGACAGGAUUAUACAUGAGAUGUUUAGAAAAUAGUGUCGUCUAUCCACGUACAAUACAGACAAACAAGAGACAGCG